AAAUACAUAUGUUUUGCACAGCUGUAAGAUUUCACAGAGAAAUACGAAAAUUGUGUUAAAGUUAGAAUUACUUGUUUUCUUAUUAAUUUUGCCAUUAAAUAAUGUACAAAGUCAAGUAAACCAUAAAACAACAUGACACCAACGAAAAGUACACCUUCACCUUCGACGACACCGGGCAGUCAGGCCCUGAUAAACUUUAGGAAAACUCCUCAGGCUGUGGAAACGUUUAAGCGACCAUCCGACAUGGGAGUCAUUAAACGAAAACCCAAACCUAAAAUACUCACAGAAGAGAAAUACAUAGAGGAGAUAUCUAAAAUUAUACAAAGAGAUUUCUUUCCGGAUUUGGAGAAAUUAAAAGCACAAAAUGAUUACUUAGAUGCCAUGGAACAAAAAGACUAUGCACGCAUGGAAUCCAUAAGGGCGAAAUACAGUGGCAAGCAACACAGCGAAAGGAGUCGAUCAAUGACUCCUGCCACUUUUGAGACACCCGCUAGUUUUGGGGAACAAACGCCUAGAACAAACAGUGCAGCAGACACACCAGGUGCACGUUCUGUCUGCUCGACUUCAUCCCAAAAGUCCUGCUCAUCAAUAGCCGAUAAACAUUCUUUGGAUUCUUUUCUACAGGCCUAUACCAGCGAGGAUAAUGAUAGUUUUCAGAAAAUUGUAGACACCGCCGAUGCCAAACUAAGACAGAAAUUUUCCGUACUCUAUAACGAAGAAAGAAUAUCUGCCGAAAAGUUACAACGAGCUUUAACCCUGCCUGGAAUUGAAAAACAAUUUGAACAACCAGAUCCCUUGCGUGUUAUAGAAACAUGGAAUUAUACAAAUAAAAAUUCCAUAAUGUAUACACCGGAGGGAGUGGAACUGACUGAAAAGGAAAAAAUUGAGAUGGCAAAUCGUAAGCAGGUUAUACAUCACAAUGCCACACGAAUGCAAAAUAAUCCUUUCAAAGAAGAGGAAAAGGCCAUACAGAAAACUAAUUCCCAAAUAUCAACGGGCGAUGAUAUCAACCAAAGUGGUCCCAACACAAUGGAUACUAAUGCCUCAUCAGGGCCACAUAUAAAUCGUUUUGAUUUAUUAAAGACACCUUCCCCUAGACCAGGCGAAGCAUUUUCUCCCCUCAUGACUUGGGGUGAAAUCGAAGGCACCCCUUUUCGUUUGGAUGGUUCAGAUACUCCAGUGCGCCCCAAUGUGGGUCCUUCCUUUAAAAUCAAUGAAAAUUCAAGACGUGAAACUAUAGCCCUGGCUUUGGCCGAAAAAGUGGGUGAAAAAAUGCGUGCCCAAAAGCAAAGGGCCAAGGAAACGGCACGCAAUAACAUAUCUUCCCCCUUCAUACGAUCGAAUAUGGAACGUCUGGCCUCAAUGUCGCCGGCAGCCAGAAAUUUGGCAACUAUGAAAUUGGGUAUACGUUCCACACCCAGCAUGUUGACGCCAUCACCCUUGAGAACGCCUAAAACGAAAACACCACUCAAGGCAGGCAGCAAGAUGAUGGUGAAAACAACACCGGAUGUAGGAGUUAAGAAGUCAGUGGUGAAACCUUCCCCACGCAGCACAAUGCCAAAGGCAGCAUCGCAAGACAUGGCGACAAAUAUCGGCGAAACGGGUGGAACAUUGACAGAUGAUUUGCUACAGAUACCAGUGAAAAGGGCGAGAGCAGCUGACUUCUUUUGAGUUUUGGUUUUUUUCUUCUUUUGUAUUGAAAAGAUAGUAAAUGGUAUUCGUAUGCAUAUGUAUAGUAUACAUGGAACGCAGUACUAAAGUACUAAACUAAAAAAUAAAAAUUGCGUCAGAAUUGGAUUUUCAUAAAAAAUUACCUGAAAAUUGGUAUUCAACAAAUUUUUGUCGAAAAUAAAUUUACAUUCAUAGAAAA